UCCUGUGGCAUAAAUGACGUGCCGAGAGAGCGAGCGAACGCGCAGCCGGGAGAGCGGAGUCUCCUGCCUCCCGCCCCCCACCCCUCCAGCUCCUGCUCCUCCUCCGCUCCCCACACACAGACAAGCUCACACCCGCUCCCUCACUCGCACACACAGACACACACACGCACACACGCUCCAUACACACACUCCACUCUCUCCCGCGCGCUCACACCCCUCUCGUCCUGCGCCCUCGCGGGUGCAGCGCUGUGCGGCAGCCGGACGACACUCCCAGGUUCACUUUGCUACGCUGACAGCGCCGGCGGUGGCCGUGAAGGUGGGAACAGAGGCGGCAUCCUCCCCCCUGGUCGCGGCCGGAGCCAGGACGCCCGCGGAACCCCUCGGCGGCGCUCUCCCAUGAGUCGGGAUUUCAGCAUCCCCAGCCAGCUGCUCACUGCCUCCGGGAGCCGCUGGACUUUUACACUGCAGCCCUUGCGGGACAGCAACUGUGACUCCCCCUCAGUGCAGAUUUCGGGGCGGCUUUCUAGAAACUCGCUCUAAAGACGGAACCGCCACAGCACUCAAAGCCCACUGCGGAAGAGCGCAGCCCGGCAAACCCCACCCCUGAGACUGGACCCUCAGCGGAGCCGGGCAGCGCCGCCGCCGCUUCGCCUCGCAGGACGUCCCCGCCUCUUCCACUCUCAGCCUCUGCUGGAGAGACCCCCAGCCCCACCAUUCAGCGCGCAAGAUACCCUCCAGAUAUGCCCUGCGUGCAAGCCCAGUAUAGCCCUUCGCCUCCAGGUUCCAGUUAUGCAGCCCAGACAUAUGGCUCGGAAUACACCACAGAGAUCAUGAAUCCUGACUACACCAAGCUGACCAUGGACCUUGGCAGCACCGAGAUCACGGCCACUGCUACAACGUCCCUGCCCAGCUUCAGUACCUUCAUGGAGGGCUACUCCAGCAACUACGAACUCAAGCCUUCCUGCCUGUACCAAAUGCAGCCGUCGGGGCCGCGGCCCCUGAUCAAGAUGGAGGAGGGCCGCGCGCAUGGCUACCACCAUCACCACCACCAUCACCACCACCAGCAGCAGCAGCAGCAGCCGCCUCCGCAGCAGCAGCAGCCAUCCAUUCCGCCCCCCUCCGGCCCGGAGGACGAGGUGCUGCCCAGUACCUCUAUGUACUUCAAGCAGUCCCCGCCGUCCACCCCCACCACGCCGGUCUUCCCCCAGCAGGCGGGGGCGCUGUGGGAAGACGCGCUGCCCUCUGCGCAGGGCUGCAUCGCGCCCGGCCCGCUGCUCGACCCGCCGAUGAAGGCGGUGCCCACGGUGGCCGGCGCGCGCUUCCCUCUCUUCCACUUCAAGCCCUCGCCGCCGCAUCCGCCCGCGCCCAGCCCCGCCGGCGGCCACCAUCUCGGCUACGACCCGACGGCCGCUGCCGCGCUUGGCCUGCCGCUAGGAGCCGCCGCCGCCGCCGCCGCCGCAGGCAGUCAGGCCGCCGCGCUCGAGGGCCACCCGUACGGGCUGCCACUGGCCAAAAGGGCGGCCGCGCUGGCCUUCUCGCCGCUGGGCCUCACGACCUCCCCCACCACGUCCAGCCUACUGGGCGAGAGCCCCAGCCUGCCGUCUCCGCCCAACAGGAGCACCGCGUCGGGCGAGGGGACGUGCGCCGUGUGCGGGGACAACGCCGCCUGUCAGCACUAUGGCGUGCGCACCUGCGAGGGCUGCAAGGGCUUCUUCAAGAGAACGGUGCAGAAAAAUGCAAAAUAUGUUUGCCUGGCAAAUAAAAACUGCCCCGUAGACAAGAGGCGUCGAAACCGAUGUCAGUACUGUCGAUUUCAGAAGUGUCUCAGUGUCGGAAUGGUUAAAGAAGUUGUCCGUACAGAUAGUCUGAAAGGGAGGAGAGGUCGGCUGCCUUCCAAACCAAAGAGCCCGUUACAGCAGGAACCCUCUCAGCCCUCUCCACCUUCUCCUCCGGUCUGUAUGAUGAAUGCCCUUGUCCGAGCUUUAACAGACUCAACGCCCAGAGAUCUUGAUUAUUCCAGAUACUGCCCCGCUGACCAGGCCGCUGCAGGCACAGAUGCUGAGCAUGUACAACAGUUCUACAACCUUCUCACAGCCUCCAUUGACGUAUCCAGAAGCUGGGCAGAAAAGAUUCCUGGAUUUACUGAUCUCCCCAAAGAAGAUCAGACAUUACUUAUAGAAUCAGCCUUUUUGGAGCUGUUUGUUCUCAGACUUUCCAUCAGGUCAAACACUGCUGAAGAUAAGUUUGUGUUCUGCAAUGGACUUGUCCUGCAUCGACUUCAGUGCCUUCGUGGAUUUGGGGAGUGGCUCGACUCCAUUAAAGACUUUUCCUUACGUUUGCAGAGCCUGAACCUUGAUAUCCAAGCCUUAGCCUGCCUGUCAGCACUGAGCAUGAUCACAGAACGACAUGGGUUAAAAGAACCAAAGAGAGUGGAGGAGCUAUGCAACAAGAUCACAAGCAGCUUAAAAGAGCACCAGAGUAAGGGACAGGCUUUGGAGCCCACCGAGCCCAAGGUCCUGCGUGCCCUGGUGGAACUGCGGAAGAUCUGCACCCUGGGCCUCCAGCGCAUCUUCUACCUAAAGCUGGAAGACUUGGUGUCUCCACCUUCCAUCAUCGACAAGCUCUUCCUAGAUACCCUGCCUUUCUGAGCAGGAGCAGCCUGAGCAGGGAGCUGCUUCAUCUGCUAGCAGCCGCUUGCUAAGCAGCAAAGGAAUGGGUCUGGACAUCUACCAUUUUCUGUCCUUCCUUAAGAGAAAAAGCAGCUCCUGUAGAAAUAAAAGACUUCUUCUUCUUCUUCUUUUUUUUUUUCUGGCACUUUUCCUUAUGACUGAAAGCCAGAAAACUUACAGAGUAUUGUGUUGGGGUUGUGUUUUAUAUUUAGGCUUUGGGGUUGGGGUGGGAGGGGGCUAUAGUUCAUGAGGGUUUUCUAAGAAAUUGCUAACAAAGCACUUUUGGACGAUGCUAUCCCAGCAGGAAAAAAAAAAAAAAAAAAGGAUAAUGUAACUGUUUUAAAACUCUUUCUGGGGAAUACAGUUAUAGUUGAUUUGUAUUUAAAAACAAGAACAGCCAAGGGUUGUUUGCCAGGGUAGGGUGUGUUUGAGAUUGAUCCCUUUAGAAUAUACUUCUUGUAUCAAGGGUACGUAUGUGGUGCAAAAAAAGCAGAAAUUCCCUCUUCCUAAUUUCCUUCUUCAUUUAUUUUAACAAAUGGUAAAAGAAGGAGGAUUACCUAUAAAUCGGACAUAGCAAAAUGAUAAUGGCUGUUCGCUUCCAUAUACAAGUGCAAUUUUUAAAGUGCUGUCUUACUAAGUCUUGUUUAUUAACUCUCCUUUAUUUUAUAUGGAAAUAAAGGAGGCAGUCAUGAUAGCAAAUGACACAUGCUAAUUUUCCUAGCAGAGGCGUUGUCCACCUGACCCAUAGAACUCUUCUGAGACAUGGUCCAUCCAAGAUUUUUGGCCAUUCUUGAUGGAUCCGGGUCCCUGCCCUGAGCUGCUUUGAAAGGGGCUCAGAUUAUAUGAGGGGUUACGUACAGCUAUUUUUGUCGCUUUCUAUAAAUCCAGCCAGAUUUCCCUAAACUUGCUUCAAUUAUGGUAACAGACUGACAGAUUCAUUCAGAAGCCCCAGGAGCAUUCAGUGAAUUUCAAGUGUUUGACCCCAAGAUAAGAACAUGCAAAUAAGUAAGAAUGGAUCAUACAGGGUAAGCACCAGGGAUAAUAAGUUUUUUAAAUAUAUAUGUAAUUUAAUUUUUAUUAUCAGUUAAAGAGACAAUUUUGGAGAGCAAGCGAGUCUUAUUAAAAAAAUAGUGUGAAUGUGAGUACUAGAAAGGAUUAGUGGGCUGCGUUUCAACAUUCCGUGUUCGUACUCCCUUUUGUAUGUUUAUACUGUUAAUGCCAUAUUAUUAUGAGAUAAUUUGUUGCAUAGUGUCCUUUAUUUGUAUAAACAUUUGUAUGCACGUUAUAUUGUAAUAGCUUUGCCUGUAUUUAUUGCAAGACCACCAGCUCCUGGAAGCUGAGUUACAGAGUACUUAAAUGGGGUGUUCACAGUGAAUUUGGAUACACCAAUUAGAAAUUAAAUAAGCAAAUAUAUAUAUAAAUAUAGCAAGUUACAUAUAUAUUUAUAAUGUGUCUUUUUAUUAACCAUUUGUACAAUAAAUGUUACUUCCCAUGCAGUUAUUUUAUGGUUCAUUUGCAGUGACUUUUAAGGCAGUACUGUUUAGCACUUUGAUAUUAAAAUUUUGCUUACGUUUUGCUAAAUUCAAAUGAUGUUUGAAGAUUUUUAGGUCUAAAAGUCUUUAUAUUAUAUACUCUGUAUCAAGUCAAAAUAUCUUUGGUCAUUUUGCUAAGAAACAAACUUUGAAUGUCAAACUGAUGUCAUAGUAGUUUUUGUUAGCUCUGAAUCAUUUUUGCUUUAGUCUUUUUAAAGGAAAAAUAACAAAACUAUGCUGUUUAUAUUGUCAUUAAAUUAUACAAUCAAACAAAUGCCAAAUGAAUUGCCUAAUUGCUGCAAUGAAUAACCCAGAUAGCAAAAUCAUGUUUGUUUUUUUCCCAAAAUUCAUUCUGAUAUUUGAUCAUUAUGUUUGUGUGAGCUUUUAUGAAAGAUUAUUAUUUUUAUAUCAAGAUGAUAGGAUCUGGAAUGUUAGGAUCUCAGAAUGUUAGAUUUAAAAGGGGCCUGCCUUGUCAACUAGUACAUCCCCACACACUAAAAUUCAUAGAGGAGGAAAUUGGGGCCCAGCAAAGGGCAAAGGGUUAACCAAGGACAAAGAGCUGGUAACAGAAUCAAGACCAGGACCUAAUUCUCCUUGCCACAGUCUUUUUACUCACUUUACUGCAUCUGUAGGAAAACAGGCUUUUAAAAAUAACCAGUAAUAUGUACAUUUUACCGUGAGUAAAGCAGUAACUUUGCAGUAAUUUUUGAGCUUAUAUGCAAACAUAAUGAACAUUAUUAAACAUCAGGAGAGCUAACAUUUCAUACGAGUUAGCUUCAGACCAAAUUCAAAUUGAAUUUGAAUAAAUUAGAAAUACUGUGCAUACAUAACCCUUUUGUGCACUGUUAAGUUUUGAAAUCUUAAUCGGUUUUUGUUUUUUGUUUUUGCUUUUUGUUUUUGUCAUGUCUGUAAAGGAAAAACAAAAGAAAAAAACAGAGCCCUGGAGAAAUGCUGUCACUUUUUAUUUUUACACCCAUCAGAUUUAAGGAAAAGACUUUUUAGCUGAUAUUGAUUGGUUGGAAGGAAUGAAGAAGGUUUUUACUUAUAGGUCCAGGCACUAGUGCUGAAAAUAAAGAUUAUAGCCAGUGUUCUUCUGUCUUCCAUAGUUAUUACAACUAUGAGAGCCCCCCCAAGUCAUCUAUCAAUUCAACUCUCUUUUUUCUUUUUGUCUUAAUGUUGACACACAAGUUUAUACAGAGUGGAUGACCAGACUAGCUCAGAAGAGGACAGCAAGAAUUAAAGCAGGUGAUUCUUCCCUUGUGGGAGAGCUCUCUCAGUGUGAACAUGCCUUCUUUGGGCAGAAAUCAGGAAUCCACCAGCUGUUAAUGGAGAGUGCCUUGCUUUUAUUUCAGACAGCAGAGUUUUCCAAAGUUUCUCUGCUCCUCUAACAGCGUUGCUCUUUAGUGUGUGUUAACCUGUGUUUGAAAGAAAUGCUCUUGUACAUUAACAAUGUAAAUUUAAAUGAUUAAAUUAAAUUACAUUUUAUCAAUGGCUA